AUGUUUUAUUACUUGGGGUUCCUAGUGUUUUUCCUUGCUUAUAUUUACUGGAAAAUAUCCAGAAGACAUGUGGAAAGGCUGGCUUCAAAAAUACCUGGAAUACCCGAUUUACCCAUCAUAGGUAGCACUUUGGAAAUUCUCAAUGUUGGAUACUCCACUACUCCAACGGAUACGUUUAAGAAGGCGUAUGAUUACCUAACGAAAUACGGACGUGUGAUAAAAUUGUGGCUGGGUCCAAAACUGGUUGUUUUCCUAACAGACCCGUCUGAUGUUGAAGUAAUUUUAAGCAGCAAGGUGCAUAUAGAUAAAACGCCGGAGUAUGGCUUCUUCAAACCCUGGUUAGGAGACGGAUUGCUGAUUUCCACCGGCGAAAAAUGGAGGGCGCAUAGAAAGUUAAUAGCACCGACUUUUCACUUGAAUGUAUUGAAGGGUUUUAUGGAUGUCUUCAAUGUGAACAGCAGAGAUGUUGUGGAAAAACUGAACAAGGAAGUUGGAAGGGAAUUCGACGUUCAUGAUUAUAUGUCAGAGAUCACAGUGGAAAUCCUGCUGGAAACUGCGAUGGGAGUCAGCAAACAAAAUCAAGAUCAAAAUGCGUUUGACUACGCUACCGCGGUAAUGAAAAUGUGCAAUAUUCUACAUCUGCGGACUCUCAAACUAUGGUUACGCUCAGAUUUCAUUUUCAACCUCAGCAAAUACGCGAAAUCACAGAAAAAAUUAUUGAACACAAUCCACAGUUUGACGCGCAAAGUGAUUAAACAUAAAAAAGUCGAUUACAAUAACGGUAUAAGAGGUGAAGUUCCAGAGAUAGUCGAGAAAGAUCAAACAAAACAAACAGUGGACGGUUUGUCUCAUGGUUUAAGGGAUGACUUGGAUGAUGACGAUGACAUUGGCGAAAAAAAGAGAAUGGCGUUUCUAGACUUUAUGAUUGACGCAUCGCAAAAUCAAGUCGUAAUAAGUGAUGAAGAAAUCAAGGAACAAGUUGACACCAUCAUGUUUGAAGGGCAUGACACUACAGCAGCUGCUAGCAGUUUUUUUCUAUCGUUGAUGGGGAUACACCAAGACAUUCAAGAUAAAGUGUUUCAAGAACUGGAUAAUAUUUUUGGUGACUCUGAUCGAAAAUGUACCUUUGCUGACACUCUGGAACUGAAAUAUAUGGAAAGAUGUAUCAUGGAAACGCUUAGACUUUAUCCUCCAGUACCUUUAAUAGGACGACAGAUAAAUGAAGAUGUUAAAUUGGCUUCUGGAGAUUAUACAAUUCCCAAAGGAACGAGUGUCGGUAUUGGUUUGUUUAAACUGCACAGACUUGAGGAGUUUUUCCCCGAGCCAGAUAAAUUUAAUCCCGACAACUUUUUGCCGGAGAAAUGCGCAAAUAGGCAUUACUACGCUUUUAUACCUUUCAGUGCUGGGCCUAGAAGUUGCGUUGGGAGAAAAUAUGCAAUGUUGAAGCUUAAAGUGUUGUUGUCAACCAUCUUGAGAAAUUUUAGGAUGCAAUCAAAUGUUGAAGAGAAAGAUUUUGUGCUGCAAGGGGAUAUUAUACUGAAAAGAAAAGAUGGGUUUAGGAUAACAGUAGAAACUAGGAAAUAG